UAGGGGUAGAGAGAGAGAGAGAAGGGGGGACAGGUUGGACAGUUUGAAGUGCUCUUUAGCGACGCAGCUGUCAAUUGGAGCACACCAAGCCACAAAUCGCUGCCCCCUUCUUCCCCCUCCGUGUUUCCAACUGUCAAAUUCCUCUCUCUCUCUCUUCUCUCCGCCGUGUUUUCUCCAUCUCCCACUCGCCGGCGGAGGAGGAGGAGGAACGAAGAAGAAGAAGUGAAAAAGAAGAAGAUCGCUUGUGUUGUUUUGAUUUUUUUGAUUUGAUUGAUUAACAGUUAGUUACAAGGAGAUAUGCCAUGGCUCACCAGCAUUACCGAUCGCCGUUUGGGGACACCACGUACACUAAGGUCUUCGUCGGAGGUCUCGCCUGGGAAACACCGACCGAUGUGAUGCGCACCUAUUUCCAGCAGUUUGGGGAAAUUCUCGAGGCGGUUAUUAUCAACGAUAAGAACACUGGCAAAUCGAAGGGAUAUGGAUUCGUCACAUUUCGAGAUCCUGAAUCCGCGAGGAGAGCUUGCGCCGAUCCUAAUCCUGUUAUUGACGGAAGAAGAGCUAAUUGCAACAUCGCAUCGCUGGGAAGGCCUCGUCCAUCUCCUCCUAGAGGAAGAAAUCAACCGUCUACUUUAUAUCAAAGCGGUGUAACGGCGCUAGGUGGAUCGCCGUCGCCGUCGCAUCCAUCCAUAUUGCCACCGCCUCUGCCGCCGCCUCCGCCGGUCAUUUAUCCACCUUACGGGUAUGCAGCCUAUCCACCAGAUUAUGGUUACCACCAGGCAAUGUACAGCUCACAAUUCCAGCAAGCACAGUAUUACAAUCCGGUGUACGGCGGUUCGCCGCCGACGCCGUCGUCGUCCUCCGGAGCCAUGGUAGCUCCUCCAUUUUACUAUGGAUCAUAUUCAUUACAAGCACCUAGGGGAUCCUUUUCAUUAUCCCCCGGCGCCACCGCCACCGCCCAACCCCAACGCUUCCAAGGACCCUCUUAUCUUUACUAUCCACCGCAGGUCUCGCCGCCACCCUCCUCUACCUACCCUCCGCUGCCGCCGCCGCCGCCACCUCCUCCUAUAUUGCAACUGCCAAGGCUUCCAUUUCCAGCCUCCACAGGUUGGAUGCAUGCAGGUGAUUCGAGUAAUAUUAAUCCUCCUCAAACAUCAACAGAAACAGAAGCUGGACCCACAACUUCAACAUCCUCCACUGCAUGAAGAAAUAAAUUUGCAAAAAACAUCAAGGUGCUUAUUUAUUUAAUAUAUAUAUAUAUAUAUUUACUAUUAUUUUUAUUUUAUGUAACAAUUAUUAUUAUUAAUCUUUGGAAAAAUUGAUUAAUCAAUUGUUCCUUCUCCUUACCAAAUUCCUGCUCAUGUAACCAGCCACUCUUGCGUUUCUUUAACUAUUAUUAUUAUUA